CAACAGCUACCGGCCACCGAAGAGCCCCAUCAGCCACCGCGGAGACUUCACGUUCCCGCCCGCCCACUGCGCUGGUCGAUCCGCGUCUGCCUCCUGAGUCGCCGCCAAUCAGUGCGAAGGUCCCGCCUUGCGUUCCGAGGAGUCGGCCAAUUGUUUUAGUGCGUCUCUCUCGGCUGAGAGCGGGUAGCACCCCGUGUAGAAUAAUACGCACGCGCUACACCGGGAGGGAAAAGCGGCUCCUUGGCUCCGCCCCUUUGCCCUGUUACGAGAGCCAAUGGAAAGUCACGGUUCAGUUGCGUCAUUUAUCCUAGCAACUAGGGGCAGGUUCUUUUCAAAGGCUCGCUCGGCUUUCCUGCGUUCUGUACAGCGCAGCUGGGCUAUCCCUUGGCACGGGUGGCGGAGGCGUUGGAACUGCUGGCGCAGCAUGUGGUGCGCGAGCCCAGUAGCAAUGGUGGCCUUUUGCGCCGGGCUUUGGGUGUCUAACUCCGUGCCGGCGCAGGGCCAGGAGGCCCGGGGGCGGCCGGGGGCCGACUGUGAAGUGUGUAUAGAAUUUUUGAACCGAUUCUACAACUUCUUGAUAGCCAAAGGAGUUAACUUUUCUCUGGACAUCAUAGAAAAAGAAUUGAUCAGCUUUUGCUUGGAUGUCAAAGGAAAAGAAAAUCGCCUGUGCUAUUAUCUCGGAGCAACGAAAGACGCAGCCACAAAGAUCCUAAGUGAAGUUACUCGCCCAAUGAGUGUGCAUAUGCCUGCCACGAAGAUUUGUGAGAAGCUGAAGAAGGCAGACAGUCAGAUCUGUGAGCUGAAAUAUGAGAAGAAGUUGGACUUGGCAUCAGUUGACCUGUCGAAGCUGAGAGUGGCAGAGCUGAAGCAGAUCCUGUAUAGCUGGGGAGAAGAGUGCAGGGCCUGCGUGGAAAAAACAGACUACGUGAAUCUGAUUAAAGAACUGGCACCCAAGUAUGCAACAACACACCCCAAAACAGAGCUCUGACUCGCGGACGCCGGUGCACUGUUGAUUGUAAUGAGAAAGAAACGACUCUCCAGGGUGUGGAUACACUGGCUGAGGAUAACUGGGAGCUGCACUAUGCGUGGUCUUUUAUUUUCUGUCUUGAUAUUACACCAGAAGUGGUCACCUGAGUUUAGGAGUAACACUAGUGACAUCAGCGAUCCCUUACAGUUGGAGUAUACCAAAACCUAAAAGUGCCUUUCUCAUGAUUUUCUCAUGAGGAUUAUGUAAGUAAUCAUUGACUAUCUCCUAAAACUGGGGAAAAUGAACUGGAAAAAUUCACAGAGUAAAUUGGUUCUGAAAGGGAUGAGCGUGUUCAUAGACCCCACACUGUGCACUAAUGUGUGUGUGAGAAAAACCAUAAAACUUUAUUAAGACAAUAAAGAAGAUUCAAAUGAGCAGAUAGAUGUAUCAUGUUAAUGAUGGAAAACUCAGUAUUAUAAAGAUGUCAAUUUUUCUAAGGGGUAUUGACAUACAAAGAAAGAAAAAAACAAUUAUGGAUACAAAGGCAGGUACAUAUGUAGAUCUGGUGAUCUCAAAACAAACAAAAAAACCUAAACCCAUUGCUGUCCAGUUGAUUCUAACUCAUAACAACCCUAUAGGAUAUCGUAGAACUCCCCAUAGGGUUUCCAAGGAUUUGAACUGCAGACCUUUGUGGUUACCAGCCAAGCUCUUAACCACUAGUGCCACCAGGGCUCCAGAUCUGAUGCCAGACAAUAGAUAUUUCCUAAAACUCUAUAAGGUUAAAACUUUCUUCAUUUGUAUAGUCUGUUUUUAUACUAAUUUUUA